GUACGGCGGCGUGGGGAGCGCUUGGAGGUGCUUGCGGGGAUUGUGGCGCCAUGGCUCCCGUGCUGAACCUCAACAACGAGGUUGUGAAGAUGAGAAAAGAUGUGAAGAAGGCCAGAGUCCUCACUAUUCGGAGACUAACCAGACACAUUGGGAAAUUAAAAUUGAAAAAGGGUUCAGAAGACUUGAAAUUGAAGAACCAGAAACGAGUUGAGAGAUUAAUAGAAGAAAUCCAUGCUAUGAAGGAAAUAAAACCAGAUGAAGUUACCAGACUUGCUCUUAAGACAGAAGUUAAUUUUGAAAGUGUCUGCAAAAAGCCAAACUGUACUGCAGCUGAGCGAGCCAUGGCAAGACUUGCAACACAUCCCACCUUGAAGCCCAGAUUUGUUGAACUUAAAGCUGCUGUUAAAGAGUUUAAGGAUGCAAGAAAGACCCCAGACAAAGACACUCCUAUGAAAAAGGAUCAGUCAGAAGAACAGCCUAAAUCAGCACAACAUUACAAUAACAGCUUGGAUGACCAAACGUAUAAGCGGCCUCAAAAACAGCAAGGAUGUGAAAGCAAAACAAAAUCAGGCAUGAAAGUAGAAACUGACAAGGUGGUCGAAGAGCUCUGUGAGAGUGAAUCUGAACAGAAAACUCUGGAAGUGGAGAGAGUGUGUGUUCCAGAAAUGCAAACAGUUACUCAAAACAAAACAGAAAAGAAACCUGACUAUCAAAAAAGGAAAGAAAAUAUGAGUAUGAACAAAUUAAAUGAAAUAAAUGAAAUAAUUGAUGAUAGUGACCAAGAGCAUCCCAAUGAAAAGGAAUACUUUGAUGAUAGUACUGAAGAGAGGUUUUAUAAUGAGUCAUCAGACUCUGACAGUGACAGCAAUGAUGACUUCUUCAUUGGAAAAGUAAAAAAGAAGAAAAAAGUAGCAGCAGUUAAUAAUUUUUCUUCAAUAAAAGAAAAGAGUAGUGUUCAGAAAAAUGUAAUGAAAGCAGAAAAGAGCACAGUGUCUGGGACAGCACAAGAUUUGAUCAUGGAAGAGAGAAAACCACUUGCAAAAGCAAGCAAGCUAGAGUCAGUGUUCUGCAGUUCUUUGUCUACCACCAAUCAGAAAUCUCAGAACAGAAGAAAUACUAAAGACCAGCCUCUCAAAAAGGAAAGAACAGGUUUUCUUAAAAAUGAAACAAAGCUCAAGAAGAAACCAUUUGUAAAAGCUUCAGGGGGUAUUAAAUGCAACAAUAAUAAAGCAUCUUUGGAGCAGCCUCUUCAUCCUUCAUGGGAAGCAAGCAGGAGACGCAGAGAGCAAAUGUCUCAAAUUACAGCAUUCCAAGGGAAAAAGAUUAAAUUUGAUGACUAAACUAUGUGUAAAUGGAGGUUCAGAAAACAAUUGUGCUGUUUGAACAUCUUUGUUAUACUGUCCAUAUCCUUUGCAACCUACAAAUUUGCAACUAUUAUUUACCAUCGUAGAAUGUCAAGAUUGUUUCGUUCAUUCUUUGUGCUGUCUGUUGAUUAAUAUAAUGUGUAACCAACCAUUUGGUGCUGGUUCAUAAAUCCCAUUAUGUAGUGCCACUAUUCAUGAAAUAUACCCUAACAUGAUAAAGGGUUUUUUAGGAACAUAAUUUGUGCCCUGUAGGAAUAGUACAGAUUCUUUGGAUGGGGGUUUGGAAGGCAUUUUUUUGUAUGUAAAAAAAUGUACUUUAUAUGAGAAUUUGGUUGUCAAAAGAAAGGUUCUAUAUUGUCACAUCUCAACUGAGACAAAGUUAAAGAUUCUUGAACUUGAAGAGACUUCAAAAAUUUAUCAGUGUAUUGGGUAGCUGGAAAAGUCAAUCAGUUUUAAGCAUAAUAUGAAAAAUUCUGGGGAGAAUAAAAUACUGUGCUUUUAAAUUGUGAUCUCUGUCCUCUGAUUAUACUGCCAAUUUGAAGAAAUGAAGAGGUGUCUUUAAUACUUUG